UUCUCCCCUUCUGUGAUUCCCUCUCCAGCAGAUCUCCAUAAACAGGGUCGCGUCCCGUCCUCCCCCUCCUGCUCCUGCUCCUGCUCCUGCUCCUGCAGAUAUUUAUAGCGGGACUCGUCUGUCAGCCGGGCCGUGUUGCUUAUCACCGUGUGUCACUCUAUUUCUGACUACUUGCCCCACUCGGGUCUGUCGGGGGGGCCUCAGUGUGUGUCUGUGGUUGUGUUGCUUGUGUGACGGCAGGAUUCUCAUUCUGGAGGCCUCGCAGGACUUCUUCCUUUUUUGCCGUUAACCAUCUGGAUUUCUGGGCUCUUCACGGUUUUUUUUUUGUUUUGUUUUUAAUCCGAGGUUGUUUGUCACACACACACACACACACACACACACACACACACGCCAUCACGCUGACAUCACAUCUGGCUGAAGCCCUGAUCCGCCCCCCCGUCACCUCCCCUCCUGCUGUGACACCAUGGCACUGUCUUCACGCUUAAAACUGUGGGAGCAGAAGAUAAAGGAGGAGAAGACGCCGGUGGCUGCAGCCGUCGUUCCUCCUCCGCCUCUGUCGGCGCUGCCCGGCGGCUUCCUCAAACAGCUGGUCAGAGAGACCGAGAAGGAGACCAAACAGAAAGAGCCGGAGGUCAAAGACGAGAAGGCGCCGAGCAAACUGAGCGACAACCUGGUGCAGCAGUUCCUCCUCCCAGAUCAGACUCCUCCGAUCCUCGAGGCCGAGAUGGCCCUCCGGUCCGAGCAGCAGCUCAUCAGCACCAGACAGAACAUACUCAGUCCUGACCCGAAGAACAAACAGGACACCAGACAGGAAGUAACACCAGAACCACAGAAGCCAAAGCAGCAGCAGCAGCAGCAGCAGCAGCAGCAGCAGCAGCAGCAGCAGGACGUGAAGUCGGAGAGGAACAAGAAGACGCCGCAGGCCGAGCAGAAGAAGGCGAAGACAGAGGAGGUGAAGCAGCAGCUGGGGAAGAAGGAGGUGGUGAAGCCGAUAGGGAAGAAAGAGGAGGUGAAGCCGGUGGAGAAGAAAGAGGAGGUGAAGCCGGUGGGGAAGAAAGAGGAGGUGAAGCCGGUGGAGAAGAAAGAGGAGGUGAAGCCGGUGGGGAAGAAAGAGGAGAGGCAGGAGCCGGAGGGAAGGCAAGCAGACACCAGGAUAACUGAGCAUGACAGGAGAGAGGUGAAGGAUGUUUGGUACGAAGCUGGAACAGUGUGGUACGUUCACAAGGACGGGUUCUGCCGUGCCACUCAGCUGAAGCCCGACGAAGGAACACCUGAACUCCCAGAAGGCCGAGUGAGGGUCCGCCUGCAGACCGACGGCUCGCUGCACGAUGUCACGGAGUACGAGAUUGAAAAGUGUAACCCGUCAGAGCUCGACCUCUGUGAGGAUCUGAGCGACCUGCAGAGCGUGAAUGAAUGUGGAGUCCUUCACACUCUGACCAGUCGAGCUAAAGCCAGCACGCCGCUCACGCACGCCGGACCGAACCUGGUCAACUUCUGGCCUCCGAUCCAGGCGAACAGCAAGACUCCCAAGUCUCGGCGAGGGGAGUCGGUGUGGGACGCUCCUCCUGCUCUGGCGGCUCUGGUCAAACGGGUCUACGUGUCCAUGGUCGGGUCCAGGAGAGACCACAGCGUCUGUGCUGUUGGACGCAGCGGCACCGGCAAGACGACGGCGUGCCAGGCCUUCACGCACGCCCUCCUCAAACAAGCCGGAACCACCGGAGAGAAGAUGAGCGUGGAGCGAGUUCAGGCCAUGUUCACCGUCCUCAAGUCUUUUGGCUGCGUGAGCUCUCAGCACAGCGACGCCUCGUCUCGCUUCGCCAUGGUCUUCUCUCUGGACUUUAACCACGCUGGACAGGCCGCUGCUGGACACCUACAGACGAUGAUGCUGGACAAGUGGAAGGUCUGUCACACGACUCCAGGAGAGAGCAACUUCCUGGUCUUCUCUCAGAUGCUGGCGGGAAUCAGCACGGAGAUGAGGACGGAGCUGCAGCUGCAUCAGCUUCCUGAGUCCAACUCGUUCGGGAUCGUUCAUCCCACUAAGGUGGAGGAGAAGCAGCGAGCGUCCGUCGCCUUCACCAAGCUGCUGACUGCCAUGGAAACGCUCGGCUUCUCAGCCGGCGAGCAGAAGGCAAUCUGGCAUGUUCUGGCCAGUAUUUACCAUCUGGGAGCAGCAGGAGCCUGCAGAGUCGGCAGGAGGCAGUUUGUGAGCUUCGACAGCGCUCAGGUGGCGAGCGGCGUGCUCGGCUGCGAGGGGGAGGAGCUACACACGGCCGUCUUCAAACAUCACCUCCGACAGCUGCUGCAGAGAGCCACCGGGGGCAGCAGAGAGAGGAGCGCCGCCACCGAGUCGGACGAGGGUCCCAGGCUGACGGCAGCUCAGUGUGUCGACGGGAUGGCUGCUGGACUCUAUGAGGAACUCUUCACUGCUGUAGUUUCACGCAUCAACAGGGCUCUGAGCAGUCAGCAGCUGACGUUGGCCUCGGUGAUGGUGGUGGACACGCCGGGCCUGAGGAACCCGAGACACAUGGCGGAGGAACGAGGAGGCAGCUGGUCGGAGCUCUGUCACAACUACCUGCAGGAGAGGCUGCUGGAGCACUACCACACACACACCUUCACACACACGCUGGACAGAUACGCACAGGAAAAUAUCCCUGUGCAGGUAGAGAAUCCGGAGAACAGCCCGGCUGAGGUGGUGUCAGCCAUCGACCAGCCGCCUCCACAGGUCCGGGCAGCAGAUGGAGACCCCAGAGGUCUGUUAUGGGUUCUGGAUGAGGAGAUGGUGGCACCGGGCUCCAGUGAGAACAACGCCCUGGAGAGAGUCUGCCAGUACUACAGCAACACUGUGCGUCAGUGCGAGCAGCCCCUGCAGUGCGAGGUGAACCACCUGAUGGGCUGCGACCCGAUCCGCUACGACCUGACGGGAUGGUUCGGUCUGAUCCAGAACAACCAGUCGGCUCUCAACGCCAUCUGCCUGCUGCAGAACUCCACCAUCGUGGAGGUGAAGGCCAUGUUCAGCCCGCGAGCCUCUCUGCCUCCCCUGUGUCGAGGUCUGGGGGGUCUGGAGGGCAGCAGCCAGCGCUCCCUGCAGAGGAACGGCAUCAUCAGGAAAACGUUCAGCGGAGGGAUGGCGGCCAUCCGCAGACUCUCCCAGUGCAUCGCGGUCAAAAUACAGGCGGACGCUCUGGUGAACCUGAUCCGUCGAGCGCGGCCCGUGUUCCUGCAGUGUGUGAUCGCCAAGAGCGACGCCGGAAGUUUUGACGUCCCGGCGCUCAGAGUUCAGCUGCACUCCACGCAGAUCCUGUCGGCCCUGCAGCUCCACCGCACAGGUUUUCCGGAGCACAUGAGUUUGAGCGACUUCAGGUGUCACUUCCAGGCGUUGUCGCCGCCAAUUAUGAAACGUUACGCUUCGAUGUUUGUCAGCCACGACGAGAGAAAGGCGGUGGAGGAGCUGCUGGUGGAGCUGGAUCUGGAUAAAAAGAGCAUCGUCGUGGGCGCCAGCAGGGUGAGAGCUCCACUAAUCUGUCGUCAGGGGAUGAAUCCAGCUGAUGUGGUGUGUUCAUGGAUCUUCUUCUCUGCUCUGUCUAAGGUGUUCAUGAAGCGAGGGGUGCUGCGCUACCUGGAGCAGCAGAGGGACCAGCAGGUCAGCGGCUGGUUGGUCAAUCUUCAGGCCGCCUGUAUGGGACAUCAGGCCCGGCAGAAAUACCGCAGACUCAAGGUGCAGCAGAUGGCGGUCACCUGUCUGCAGAGGAACCUGCGGGCUCUGAGGGUCGUGGCCAAGUGGAGCUGGUGGAAACUUUUCUGUCGAGUGCGUCCUCUGCUCGACGUCAACAUGGACAACGAACGACUCCGGGCUAAAGAGGAUGAGAUAUCGGCUCUGAGACGACGCCUGGAGAAAUCGGAGAAAGAGAGGAACGAGCUGAGGCAGACUGCAGACAGCCUGGAGACCAAGGUUACAGCUGUGACGUCGGAGCUGAGCGAUGAGCGUUUUCGCGGCGAUGCCGUGGGUCAGGCUCUGGAUGUAGAACGGGCCGAGAGACUCCGGCUCAGCAGGGAGAACAAAGACCUGCAGGCGCGUCUCGACCAGUGUAAAGUGACCAUGGAGGCCCUGGAGAAGCAGCUGGAGGAGGAGAAGCAGAAAGCGCAGAUUACUGAGAGUCAGAGAGGAGCAGCGACAGACAGCGAGCUGGCCAUGCAGCUGGAGUGCUGCCAGACGGAGGUUGAAUUUGUCCGCAGACGACUCAAACAGACGGAGGAAAAACUGGAGACAGAGAGACAGACCCGACAACAGCUCGAUACCAAGGUGGCGACACUGCAGGCCCAGCUGGAGCAGUCCAAGCGGAGUGUGAUAGAACUGAAGCGUCACUGUCGACGAGUGACCUCUGACCUCCAGGACGCCCGAGUCCUCGCUGACAGCCUGCAGAGCCGCAUGCACGAGGUGGACCGCAAACAGAGGAGGUUCGACAAUGAGCUGACUCAGGCUCUGGAGGAAGCCGACAACGAGCGAGAACAAAAAGACAAAGCUUUUCAGGAAAACGCAACUCUGGGGACUGAAAUCUACACCCUGCGCCGGAACCUCCAGGAGAGCCAGUCAGAGGCGGCCCGUCUGCAGAAGCAGAAGGAGGAGCUGUGUGCUCAGAUCCGUGACCUCAGCCUGCCUGUCGACCUCGCCUCCGAGUCGCUGCCCGACCUCAAGAAGCAGCUCCGCCAGCUGGAGAGCCAGGCCGGCGAGAGGGCCGAGGAAAUCACCGCGCUCACCGGCAAAAUACAGCAGCAGCAACAGAUCCACAUGAGAUUUGAGAUGGAGAUGGAGCGGAUGAAGCAGAUCCACCAGAAGGAGCUGGAGGAUAAAGAGGAGGAGUUAGAGGAUGUGCACAAGUCCUCUCAGAGACGGCUGAGACAGUUGGAGAUGCAGUUGGAGCAGGAGUACGAGGAGAAACAGAUGGUGAUUCAUGAGAAGCACGACUUGGAGGGACUCAUAGCAACUCUGUGUGACCAGGUGGGACACAGAGACUUCGACGUGGAGAAGAAGCUGAGGAGAGACCUGAAGAGGACUCACGCCCUGCUGGCCGACGCCCAGCUGCUUCUGUCCACCGUCGACAACCCGGGAAUGAAUCUGAACGGCAGCCGAGAGCAGAUCGAGCGUCUGCAUUGUCAGCUGGAGGAGAGCGAAGCGAGGCGGCUGGAGGCCGAGAGCGCUCAGGCGACUCUCUCCCAGGAGCUGGAGAACACUCAGAUCGAACUGGAAAAUAUCUGCAAACUGGGGAGUGUGACGGACGAGCAGUUAGCGCUGCUGCAGCACGAGAAGGUGGAUCUACUGAAGCGGCUCGAGGAGGACCAGGAGGACCUGAACGAACUGAUGAAGAAGCACAAAGCGCUCAUCGCUCAGUCCUCCAGUGAUAUCACUCAGAUCAGGGAGCUUCAGGCUGAACUGGAGGAGGUGAAGAAGCAGAGACAAUCUCUCCAGGAAGAGCUCCAGCAGAGUGUGUCGAGGGUGCAGUUCCUGGAGUCGUCCACUGUGGGGCGUAGCAUCGUCAGUAAACAGGAGGCGCGUGUGUGUGACCUGGAAAACAAACUGGAGUUUCAGAGAGGCCAAGUCAAGAGGUUUGAGGUGCUGGUGUUGCGUUUAAGGGACAGCGUGGUCCGUCUGGGAGAGGAGCUGGAGCAGAGCGCCCAGACCGAGGCCCGGGAGAGAGAGAACGCCCGCUACUACCAGCAGCGCCUGCAGGACAUGAGGCUGGAGAUGGAGGAGCUGAUCCAGAGGGAGCAGGACAGCAGCCGCAGACGCAUGGAGCUGGAAAUGCAGGUGGAGGAGCUGAGCGCCGUCAGACAGACGCUGCAGGCCGACCUGGAGACGUCCAUCCGCCGCAUCGUGGACCUGCAGGCCGCCCUGGAGGAGGUGGAGUCCAGCGACGAGAGCGACACAGAGAGCGUUCAAACUGCUGUGGAGUCCCUGACUCGAAAGAGAGACCUCGACUCGGUGUCCAGUGUCGGCUCUAUCGGGACGGAGGACGUUGGCGAGGGGAUUCGUCAUUGGUUAGGAGUGCCCAGAGGGGGGUCCAGAGGCGGCGGCUCUCCCUACAGCAGCAGCACCAUCAGCAGCCAUGGGGGGCGCCAGUCCGUCACAGACACCAUGAGCAACUACAGCUUCCGUUCCUGCGUGGAUCCUGAUGAUGAAGGUUCUGAGGCUGGCGGUUCCAGAGGACCCAGUCGAGCUCCGUCCUCCUCUGCCCUCUCCGAGCUGCUGGACGGACUUCGUAAACGCAGAGCCGGCGGUGAUGCGGGUGAAGAAGCCGGCAGCACCGUCUCCCUGCCCGUCUUUCAAACAACCGCCGCCUCAACUCUCAGACGAAGAGCCUCCGCCCUCUCCGUCGGCCCCGGCGACCUCCAGGAGCCCCGGCCCGGCCCCAGCAUCCUCAAACCGUCCUCCCCGCUCCUGCCUCGUGCUGCCAGUGCUCGCUCCAUCGGUGACGCCCCGACAUCUACUGCCUCCUCUACAGCCAAACUGUCCCGCUUCAGCUCGAGUGACUCCGUCGUGUCUCUUCCCUCGCUGCCACACCUCUCCUCCUUGGCGUCCUCCCUCGCUGCCCGCCAUCGCCCUCCCUCCUUGUCCAUUCCAGAGGAGGACCCGGAGCAACCCCUCCGCUCUGUGACGAAUCCCAUCAAGCGCUCCCCUCAGCCACCAAGGCGGUGCAUUCUGGGUAAUCUUGUAACAGAAGACGGAGGUGAGGCGUCUCUGGGUUCAGAACCUUUGGUCUUCCAGAACCGCCGCCUGACUGGCGAUAAUGGCCGUGACGACGCAGCCUCCGACAUCCUGCCCGCCAUCCGGAGAGCCCAGUCCACCAGCAGCCUGGCCAGCUCGGUCCGAGGGGGCAGGAGGGCGCUGAGCGUCCACUUUGGAGAGCUGCCUCCUUCGACCCGCAGCAGGAAAGGCUCUGAAACUGAAUCCUCCAGCUCAGGUGGAUCAGGAGGAAGCAGUCAGAACGGCGCGCCCAGACGCCGGUUUGACAGGCCGCAGGGAGAAAGACUGGAGGCGGAGGGCAGCGAGGGCGGAGACGUGGCUUCAGUCAUGAAGAAGUACCUGAAAAAGGAGGUUGACUGAACCCGAGGAGCAGCCUCUUUGUGUGUCCACGUCCAGCUGUGAGCUUCACAGACAGACUGCAGACUGCAGGAGAUGCAGUCGAGGCUGAGAAAGAGAGAAAUACUUCACCAGACAACGAGGACGUUUGUUUUUUUUUAAACCUCCUGAAAAACACAUUUGUUCAAUCCGAAGCAUCAACUGUAUUUUGAGAUAAACACUGUUUGUAUAUGAAUAAAAAACGGAAAACUUUU